AUGGCAGUGCUGGGAUCACCCCUCCAUUCCUUUCGCGGUCUGUUGUGCAAGCUCCCACUGUGUGCAAGGCAACCUUACUACCAGGAGAUGAAAGCUUACCAAAAUUUGAAGAAAGACUUCCAUGUCCACCAGGUAACGAGUGAAAAAAUGAGUGGGGCCCAGCAUGACCUACAUUUUCAGGCUGCCACCUAUCUCUGUCUUCUGUGUAGUGUCCAAGAACACUUAGCAUUGCAUAAGGAAUACCAUGGCAAAGGAGAGCGGUUGGCAGCAGAAGCAGUUGGUGUUGUAGGCCUUAAACUGCCACAACAGCCUAGAGGAAAAGGAUGGGAGUCGUAA